CUCUACAUCACGCUGAAAGGAUUUCCUUCGAACCAGGAGAACACUUCCCAAUCGUUUCCCAGUUCGUUUCCCUCGUUCCCCCCUCCCACCCCCCCCCCCCCCCCCCCCCCCCCCCCCUCUCUCUCUCUCUCCCCCUCUCCCACCUUCCCCGUUCCUCCUCCUCCUCCUCGAUGAAACCUGCCUCUGUGUCUGGAGAUCAAAUGAUAAGGAUGAGAUAAUUCCCGAAAUGAGAUCCCUCCAAACUGCAUCUCUAACCCUAAUCUUAACCUCAAUCCGAUGUCUCGUCUGGGAUCCAAGCAAACCCUAGCCCCAGUCCGAUGCCCCUGCGAACAGCUCCGUCGCCCUCGAUAGCGAUUCUGGCUCCAACGUUGAUCAUCCCAUGCUCCCGGAGCAUGGGGGCUGAGAAAUGGCUCUUCCCCCUUUUCUCCGUCUCCUUCGUCUCCCUGCUUCUCCUCCUCUCCGCCAUCUCCGGCUUUACUGCCUCCUCCGCCUUCUUUGAUGCCCAGCCGUCGCCCUCGUACGUCCGUCGCGGCGCCGCCCACCCCCCGGCCUUCGCCUACUUUAUCUCCGGCGGCCGCGGCGACGCUCGCCGCAUGCUCCGCCUCCUCCUCGCCGUCUACCACCCCCGGAACACCUACCUCCUCCACCUCUCCGCUGACGCCCCCGCCUGGGAGCGCGCCGAUCUGGCCACCUCCGUCCGGCUCUCGAUCCCGGCCAUCCGGGCAUUCGGUAACGUGCACGUAGUCGGGAAGCCCGACGCCAUGACCUUCAUGGGGUCCUCCGUGCUCGCUGCGACGCUUCAUGCCGCCGCGGUGCUCCUCCGGCUGGACGGCGGUUGGGAUUGGUUCGUGACACUCAGCUCGUCGGAUUAUCCGCUUGUCACGCAGGAUGACUUGAUUUAUGUCUUCUCCUCUGUGCCAAGGGACGUUAACUUCAUGGAUCACACCAGUGACCUUGGAUGGAAAGAAUAUCAGAGGGCUCAGCCAAUUAUAGUUGAUGCUGGCAUCUAUUUGUCACGAAGGAACAAUUUCUUUGAAGCUUCAGAGAAGCGGCCAACUCCUGAUGCUUUCAAAUUUUUCACAGGUUCUCCAUGGCUCAUUCUCAGCCGACGCUUUAUAGAGUACUGUAUUCUCGGUUGGGACAACCUGCCUCGAACUCUUCUCCUGUAUUUUACAAAUGUAAUGUUACCCCAAGAAGGCUAUUUCCAUUCUGUCAUAUGCAACUCUCCUGAUUACCAAAAUACAACAGUGAACAGCGACCUAAGGUAUAUGGUGUGGGAUAAUCCUCCCCAAAUGGAGCCCCACCUCCUUAACAGGACAGACUAUGAUAAGAUGGUAGAGAGUGGACUGCCUUUUGCAAGGAAAUUUGGCAAGGAUGAUCCUGUGCUUGAUGAGAUAGAUGACAAAAUACUCAAAAGGUGGCGCCAUCGAUCUGUUCCCGGGGCUUGGUGCACUGGCAGGAAUAGAUGGUGGAUAGAUCCAUGUUCCCAAUGGAACAAUGUCAACAUGGUGAAGCCUGGAUCUCAAGCAAAGAGAUUUGGGCAGUUGAUGAAGAGGUAUUUAGAUGAAUGGAAGUCAGAGAUGAGAUCCUGCAAGCAGUAGUACUGAGACCUGGGAUUCAUAACCAAAUUUGGGGGAGUAUUAUGCUCACAUGGUGGGGGCAUGUUUUUCUACCUGUGCCCCUAACUGUAGCAAAUUUUUACUUGCUCACCUCAUUUUGUUGUUGGGUUUUCACGCAUUGGUUGUUACCAACGAUCGAGGUGACUUGGCAGGGGCCAUUCGUUUAGAUUUUGAGGAUGGUCUAUGUAGAUUAUCUUACCAGCUGCGGCGACACAACUCUUUUGUAAAAGCAGCCAUGAUAUCCUUAGAACCAGAUUUAGAAAGCUCUUUUUUCUGUUAACGAUUCCAUGUCUCAUGGGGUGUAUGCUGAUCUGCUUUCGGAUAAUUCUCCAAAUUGCUAGUAUCUUGCAGUCGGUUAUUCACUGAUGUUAUAAGGCAUGGCAUAUUAAAAACAUUAGAAGAAUGGGUAUAUGCUGAUAUUUCACACAUAAUAUGAAAAGACUAUAUUUUUCAGGACAA